AGGCCAGUGCGGGCGCAUGCGCAAAGGAGUCCUCGCCUUCCCUGAGGAACCGCCUCGGAGACUCUCCCCCUCCCUCCUGGACGUCGCCAACGGCUUCCGAACCUUGGCAGCGGGAACGUUCCACGGGGCCGGCAACGGAUACCCGGCCGCGCCUGCGCAGAAGGCGGGCCGCCCGGUGAAGAUGAAUCCAGGCAUGGAUGCCAGGAAACCCUUGCGCGCCAGGAAAACGAUGGCUCCAAGCAGCCGCAAGCAAGUGGAUGCAUUGAACGAGAUGAAGAAUAAUUGUGGAGCAGAAAAUACCCCAAAUGAUGCAAAAAACCAUCAUGGUCAGUUGCAAACGGUUGAAGCACACAGCGUGGUUCAAAGAUGUCAAGAAGCAUCCAAAGAUCCUUCAUGCAACACGUGUACUACAGACUCUGAGGUUAAGCAGCUUUUGAACUCCGAGUCUUUGCAGGAAGUAUUCUAUAAGUGGUAUAGACAAGAAUCCAACUGCCCCUUGAUUAAGCCCGUGGAGGUACACUUGGACUCUGCAUCUCUUCCCCAGCUUCUGGACUAUUCAGACAAACAACUUUCCGGGGCUGCUUCCAGCAGUGCCCUCUCUGUCCUAAGGCUGGCAACAGAAACAGAGGGGGAACAUGCCAGCCAAACUAUGCCAGUGUUGGAAGCAGAAAGUGCCACCUUCCAGUUGCAGAAGGAAAAGGUUCUUCCACAUUCUACCAAAGCAUCAGAUGACACCAAGAGGAAGAGGGGAAAUUCCGAAAGCAGCAAUGGCGCCUCUUCCAAGUACAUCAGAACAUCCCAGGAGGGUAGCAGUAGCAUCUCUGAUAAGACACAGUCUGGGUUGGCAAAGAUCAAGUGUUUUAUCCAAAAGCAGCUGGAUGCUUCCACAGAAGAAUUAGAGCACCGUAUACAAAGUUUAAAUGAGCGCAUCAGUCACACCCAAUGCCUUCACAAGCAUGGAGAGAUAGCAAUGAGAAUCAUGAACAGAAUCUCUCAACUCGAGAUAAACGUUAAUAGACUGACUGAAUCCCAGAAGACAGAAAAGUUCAGGAAAGCUGGUCUUCAUCCACAAAGCAGAAUGUUAAAUGCCGCCCCUUCUCGUCCUCGUGACGCAAGUGGCAAGGUGGCGCCACCCAGCAAGCCGCCUUCAAAUCAGUGUGAAACCCUUUCUAAACCUGAUGAAAGGUCUGAUGAUGUGCUUUGCCUUGGUGAAGUGAGCAGAAAGUCAGACACGCGAGCCCUGAAUCCUGCAGUGCAAAAAAUCUCAGUGCACCAGUGGGAGGAACAGACGAGCUGGAGGCCUCCUGAUAUUCAGCAAAAGGAUGGUUCUGCAAACUCAGACACAUUAGACAAAACGCCCUGCGACCCCAAGUUGCAGAAUGUAGUUUUGAUUGACUUAACUGAUGAACAGAGCCUAUUUCCUAAAGCAGGCCAAGAAACAGAGAGAAGGGUUCCCGCGCAGGGAGCGUCAGCACCCGAGAGCCAGGCCCCGGGCCCAUCCCAGUCGGCCUCCCAGCUGUUCCAUCAGGUUUUCGAAGACUUUUCCCACCUCCCUCCAUUACCAAAGAUCCGCUUGGAACCAGAGCCCAUGGAUGGAUACCGAGGGACGCUCCCGCCCGUCAAGCUCAGGCUCUGCCUAGGUCACGUCAAGAACCCCAGCGGCAUCGGCCUCCAGUGGAACGUCUGCCAGGCGGAGCCGAGGUGUGCCCAGAUCGAAAGCUUCCACUUGUUCAUGUGCCUGGAGCAGGGCAAGAACAGUGUGCCAACCGACUGGAUGAAGAUAGACCGGAUCAAGGCUUUGGACCUGCCCAUGGCUUGCGUCUUGUCUGAGGUCCCGGAUUCCGCUAAGUGUUACUUCACCAUGCAGUCGAGGGACAUCUAUGGACGUUACGGGCCCUUCAGUGACAUCCAGUCCAUUCGGGCAUCGCUCCACGGGAGGAAAAGAGACAAUUUUCUUUCUUUUUGUCAAAAUAAAGUGCCUUACUAG